CUCCAUUCAAUCUCAACAUCCUCAAUUCAUUUCCAUUUCCGUUUCCGUUUUCAUUUCUUAUGAAUUCCCUCUGUCCUCAUCUUAGUUCUUAAUUCCCUCAUUCUGGACAUGGAUCUCUCCAUUUGAUUCACAUACUUUCGAUCAAGCUGCAACAAAUUUAGAAUUAAAGCCGACGAGGAUCGAUCGUGAAUGGCAAAGGAAUCGCCAUUGAUCUACAGCUUCGCGGCGAGGGGGACGGUGAUCCUCGCCGACUACACCGAAUUCAAAGGCAACUUCACCUCCGUCGCGGCGCAAUGCCUUGAGAAGCUACCGGCCUCCAACAACCGCUUCACUUACAAUUGCGACGGCUACACCUUCAAUUACCUCGUCGACAAUGGAUUCACGUAUUGCGUGGUGGCGGCCGAGUCGGCGGGAAGGCAAAUGCCGGUGGCGUUUCUGGAACGCAUAAAGGAUGAUUUCAACAAGAGAUACGGCGGAGGGAAAGCCGCCACCGCCAGCGCCAAUGGCCUCAAGAAAGAAUUCGGUCCCAAGUUGAAAGAGCACAUGAAGUACUGCUGUGAACACCCGGAAGAAAUCAACAAGCUCGUCAAAGUGGAGGCACAAGUCGCGGAAGUGAAGGGUGUCAUGAUGGAAAACAUCGACAAGGUUCUUGAUCGCGGAGAGAAGAUCGAACUACUUGUCGACAAAAGUGAGAAUCUUCGAUCCCAGGCGCAGGAUUUUAAGAAACAAGGAGGCAAAGUGAAGCUAAAAUUGUGGAUUCAAAACAUGAAAAUGAAACUCCUAGUUGUAUUGAUCCUCACAGUUUUGAUUAUUGUACUCAUCCUCAUCAUCUGCCCCGGCUUCAAGUGCUCAUAGACUCUUCCAGAGCUCCCUUCCCUAACAAAUAGGAUAGGAUAGGAAAAAAAAUGAUUUAUCUUCUAUACUUGUCGAGUAACAUCUUUGUAAUAAUCUUUUAUCCCAAUUUUUGUUUUUCUAUGAUUUCUAAUUUAAAAUGUCCUAAAACUAUAUACAUUUAGGAUGUGUCUUCACUUGAAUUAUUCAAAUUCAAAUUCAAAUUUUGGACGAAGGGAUCCAA